AUGGGUUCUGCUGCGCUCAACGCACAGUAUUCGUACCUAAGAGAGAUGCAUGAAUCGCCAGCGAAUCAAUCAGGAUCAAUGGACUCAAACGCAGCAAAGGGCAAGGCUCCCGCCACAAGCGUAUAUCCUUCGCCAGCAGACGAAGUUAUCAAUAAUUUUUCUGCGCCAUCUUCACCAAUAUUCAACGAGCAGCAAAUUGCCCCCUCGACGCGAAAGGAGAGAAUCACACUACCACCGAUCAGCAGUCUAGUUAAUCAGAUGCCGUCGCCAUCAUCGUCUCCGCAAUUGCCGGUCGCAUCUUACAGGAGUCCUGCGGAAAACUUUCUGAGAUCUCCAAUCAAGUUCAGCAGAAGCCAAGAUGCUCCAUUGUUCCCUGACCGACCGUCAGCUACUAAUGAGGUCGCAAGACCACAGCCUCUAUUUGGAAACCUGGCUCAGACUCUUCAAAUACAGCCUGCCGUUCUGUCUGUAAAGGACCAGCAGCGAUUUGCCCCUUCAGAGCAACGUAGUACUGGAGACUCCGCAAAACCUCACUCUCACGCCGGUGGUCUUGCUCGACCCCAGCCGAUGGAACCUGCCGUUCUGUUCGGACAACAUGCUCAAUCAUCUGACAGACCCGCACACGGCAAUCUAGCUCAAAGACAUACGUUCCCACCUGGUAGGAAGCCCAAGCAAAGGCAGACUGCUCACGACAUUCACAUGAGGAGACCGAUAUCUCCAAGCACUCCUAGAUAUGGCAGCAACGACUUUUGGGCCAGGCAGACCACUGAUCCAGAGACAUAUGCUUUGCCAGUCGUCAUGGAAUGGCAAGGAAUGUUCACCCUGCCCACACCUAACUUCCCGAUUGGAGCACCUCCAGGCAUGCUUGCAGCUUUGGCGCAAGUCUCUCCUGCCGAUGCUACUGAAUACACCAGAAGACACUCGACCACAGUGGGAAGGAGAGAUCAGUCACAGAAGCGCAAAGCUGAUAGCGUAGUCGAGAUGCCUCCACCCAAGCGUACGAGAAAGCCAUCUACCAGCAAGGCACACCCCAGACCCUCGGUCUCGCCUCGCGAGGCGCCUUUGGAUGUACAGGAAAAGAAGUUUCGUCGCCGUACCAAUGACGCAAACCGAAUGAAAGCACCAGCUGACAAGGUUGCACGCGACUAUUCUAUCUACCCGGACUAUUGCCCCCCACUCUCAACUUUGGACGGCGACCACGUCAACUUCCCAAACAUUGAGUGGAAAGCAACGCCUCAAGAUGUCACCAAUCAUGAAGACUGCCACCUCCUACAUGCGAAGGAAAUUCCGGUCGUGUCGAAGCUUGUCCUGACACCUUCUGAUUACAUCUACAUUAAGCGUCGCUUCUUUGCAAACCGUCUUGAGUACGCAAGAAAGCAUCAUGCUUUCAACAUCAACGCAGCUCAGCUUGCUUGCAAGGGAGCGGAUGAGCACGGUAUAACCGGCAUUGAUGUCAACAAGACCAGCAGACUCCACAAGGCCUUCGAGAAAGUAGGCUGGCUCGAGGAGAAACACAUGCAACGCUUCCUCUAA